GCCGGGUUCGACUAUUUCCGCCAAGCUCUCAAGUCCCUCCAUUUUGUUGUAUGUGCUGUUGGCAAGAGAAGUGCAAAACAAAAACUGUGUCGUUUAUAACGAUAUUCUAGCAAUGGACGGUAUGGGGGAUGUUGCAGUUGGUGUGAAGAGAGGAUCAGAUGAGCUGAUGUCAACCAGUGUCUACAACAGUGGAUCUGACAUGAGCAGUAUCGGUGAUGUUACAGCCAAUGGGAGCGACAGUAAAUCCAAUGGGAGCGACAGUAAAAAGCUGAGAGUGGAAGACCGGAUGGAGGCCCCUCCCUCUCGUGUGCUGCACAUCAGAAAACUGCCCAAUGAAACUUCAGAAUCGGAGGUCAUUGCCCUGGGGUUACCUUUCGGGAAGGUCACAAAUAUCCUGACGCUUAAGGGGAAAAACCAGGCUUUCUUGGAGCUGGGCACAGAGGAAGCAGCGAUAACCAUGAUCAACUACUACUCUACUGUGACACCGCAUGUUCGGAACGUCCCCGUAUUCAUCCAGUAUUCCAACCACAAAGAACUCAAAACAGAUAGUGGGAACCAGCGGGCCCAGGCAGUCCUGCAGGCGGUGUCAGCGGUCCAAGGAGGAGGUACUCCUACGUCGGGCUCCAUUGUAGAUCUAACCGCCGCGUCCAGCCCUGUGCUCAGAAUAAUCAUCGAUAACAUGUUCUACCCGGUCACUCUGGAUGUGCUGCAGCAGAUCUUCUCAAAGUUUGGCACAGUCAUGAAGAUCAUCACAUUCACCAAGAACAAUCAGUUCCAGGCUCUGCUGCAGUUCAACGACCCACCCACCGCCCAGCAGGCCAAAGUAGCCCUGGAUGGUCAGAACAUCUACAACUCGUGCUGUACGCUCCGCAUCGACUACUCCAAGCUGGUCAACCUGAACGUGAAGUACAACAACGACAAGAGCCGUGACUACACCCGGCCAGAGCUCCCUGCAGGGGACGGACAGCCUGCCAUAGACCCCAACAUGGCUGCUGCCUUUCAAGGCAAGGACUCCAACUCUCUGCUCGGUGGCCUGAGCCCGCUGAAUGCUGCCGCGGCGGCUGCUGCUGCUGCAGGGAGGGUAGCUCUGUCCGGUCACUCUGGCGCCAGUGGCGUGCUCCUGGCCUCCAACCUCAACGAAGAGAUGGUUACGCCCCAAAGUCUGUUUACUCUCUUCGGGGUGUACGGUGAUGCCCAGAGGGUGAAGAUCCUCUACAAUAAGAAAGACAGUGCUCUGAUACAGAUGGCUGAUGCCAACCAAGCCCAGCUAGCUAUGAGUCACCUGAAUGGGCAGAAGAUGCAUGGGAAACCAAUCAGGGUGGCUCUGUCUAAGCACACCUCGGUGCAGCUGCCCAGGGAUGGACUGGAUGACCAGGGCCUCACCAAAGACUUCACUAACUCGCCCCUGCACCGCUUCAAGAAGCCUGGCUCCAAGAACUUCCAGAAUAUUUUCCCUCCCACCACUACUCUUCACCUCUCCAACAUCCCAACGGACGUUUCCGAGGAAGACCUCCGACUGCUCUUCUCCAACGCCGGGGGAACCGUGAACGCGUUCAAGUUCUUUCAGGAUCACAAAAUGGCGCUGCUCCAGAUGUCAACGGUGGAGGAGGCCAUCCAGGGUCUGAUCGACCUCCACAACUACAACAUGGGUGACAACCAUCACCUGAGAGUGUCCUUCUCCAAAUCCACCAUCUAAACUUCAAGCAUAAUGCUCGAUCCUCCACAACAUCCAUCGCUUUCUGUUUUCCCUAGCAGAUUUUUUUUGGGGCUGGCCAUUUGUUAAACCCUGUUGACUCGUUCCAGACUCUGGGGACCACGUUUGGACCUUAUUGUUUCUUUCUAAGUGUUAUCAGUCAUUCCUUCAGAGAACCAUAAACCCAAACCUGGGGGGAGAAAAUGUUGUACUUCUAUGUUUUGAGGACAUUUUAACCCCUUCACCUGAUUCUGACCCCUGUGUUAGUCCCAUACCCUCUGAUCCUGACCCCUGUGUUAGUCCCAUACCCCCUGACCCCUGUGUUAGUCCCAUACCCUCUGACCCCUGUGUUAGUCCCAUACCCUCUGAUCCUGACCCGUGUUAGUCCCAUACCCUCUGAUCCUGACCUGUGUUAGUCCCAUAGCCUCUGAUCCUGACCCCUGUGUUAGUCCCAUAGCCUCUGAUCCUGACCCGUGUUAGUCCCAUAGCCUCUGAUCCUGACCCGUGUUAGUCCCAUAGCCUCUGAUCCUGACCCCUGUGUUAGUCCCAUAGCCUCUGAUCCUGACCCCUGUGUUAGUCCCAUAGCCUCUGAUCCUGACCCCUGUGUUAGUCCCAUAGCCUCUGAUCCUGACCCCUGUGUUAGUCCCAUAGCCUCUGAUCCUGACCCCUGUGUUAGUCCCAUAGCCUCUGAUCCUGACCCCUGUGUUAAUCCCAUACCCUCUGAUCCUGACCCCCGUGUUAGUCCCAUAGCCUCUGAUCCUGACCCCCGUGUUAGUCCCAUAGCCUCUGAUCCUGACCCCUGUGUUAAUCCCAUACCCCCUGACCCCUGUGUUAAUCCCAUACCCCCUGACCCCUGUGUUAAUCCCAUACCCCCUGACUUCUUGACCCCUGUGUUAAUCCCAUACCCCCCUGGCCCUUGUGUUAAUCCCUGACCCCUGUGUUAAUCCUAUAACCCAUUUCUAUGAUCAGCAAACUAUUUGCCUUUUCUACCUUCUCAUUAUGAAGGGUGGAUGAUUGGACAUGGGCGCCUCUUUUUUUUGACUAUGAUGAUUUAGUUCUACAAGAUAUGUGCCUUACCAGACUAUCAACUCUUUUUACAUCCCAAAUAUUGACGUGAAUCCCUGUCUGAUUUUGAGGCACAUUUAAUUUUGAUGUGAAAUCGAACAUGAUUUGUCUCUUCUCCUGUGUCACUGUUGUAGUUUGUACGUUUCUGCCAUCCAAGUUUGGAAUUUUUCAGUUGCUGUUCAAUUUGGGGAGUCCCCCCCCCCCCCCCCCCCCCCCCACCCCACUUUUUUGUGUUAAAUUCACUGUGGUUGUUGUGGAGUGGGGAACAAUAUGAGAGUGAAGUUGAAUCAGUCUUUUUAUUUUAAUUUUUUAGCUCAUUUAGACCACGUUGCUUGAAGGUUUCUUGUAGCGGAACAACCAACAAUACCGAUUUAACCCUAGUUAUUUUUCCUUUUUUAACAUUUUUUUUUUAGUUUACACAUUUACUAAAAUAGUCUUAAUGUUUCUGUUCUUUCUAGGUUUUUACUUCCUUUGUUUUUCAUCACAUUCAUGUACAUGGGUAGGAGGUGAGAGGUUUUCUAUGCUUCUACUGCCUGUUCUCUCUAGUUCUUGGAAUAAAACAUUACGUAAUACUUUUACUAAUUCGAACUGCACCUAACGGUCACGAUAGUGUCAUACACAUGACAAAGCAAAUGUUAUGACUGUUUUUGAGACAUACAGUUCAAGCGAAGUGUUACCAAAAAAAAAAAAAAAAAUCUGCUUUUGCAUGUGUUGGAAGAGGUUAGCGAAGUAGAACCUGUUGUGAAGUCAACGUGUUUCUGUUUAGAGGGACAACCCCCUGGUUGGGACCAAAGUCUGUGCCUUUUUUAGUCUUUAAUUUACAGUUGUAUCACAAAGGAAAAAUAAUCCACAUUUUAAUGAACCCCCUCUGAUAUACAAAAUAUAUCUGGGAGGAGAGAGAAAUAAGGUAAGGUACAGGACACGAUUCAUUAUCAACGACAUUAAUUCCGUAUACAGUUAUUUUAAGCAGACCUACACAUAAUACCCAUUAUGGUUUUAAGAAUCCCACAACCUCAACUUGCUGGAUAAAAGUGUGUUUUCAAGAGAGAAAGUCGUGUAUUUUCUAUAUUGGUUACAUUUUUUACAUCUCUGGAAAUGUUAAGAUUCAGAUAUAGUUUGGAAGCGGCACAAUUAAAAUAAUUUUCUAACAAAAAGUCGGGAGAUUUGGUCGGACGUGUUUUAGAUGUUUCUCUUCUAUCGUGUGUGUGUGUGUGUGUGUUCUGCUUUUCCUCUGUAGCAUGUUCAAUAAACUUCUGUAGCUCUAUUCA